CUGCACAAUUAAGAAAGAAACAUCAAGAUGCUGUUAAUGGUAAAUAUCUGUUGUCUUUUUUUCUCUGAGAUAUGAUCUAAAACAACUAUUGACAUAUGAAAGUACACAUUUAGAUUUUUCUCCUAAUAAUAAUGAAUAAUAGGUCAGUGUGUCCGGCCGUCCAUUUACACGAUAACUUUCGAAAGGAGAGUUAGAUUUCAAUGAAACUUUCUACAUAGUUCAGUCUUUAUGAUAUCUCGAUCGAGUUCAAAGAUGAGAAGGAUUCAUCAAGAAAUGACUGAGUUAUCGAAAAAAUUGUGAUUUUUGUCCAGACCAUCCCUGAGGGGGAGGGGUACGGGAAUUUUUCGAAAAAAAAAUUUUUUUUUCAUAAUUAUUCACAAAAUACAUAAAUCGACUCAGUUUUUAACACUGAUUCUAAAUUUGAUAUUAUUUUUGAACCGAAUCAGAGUUUUAAUGUAAUGUUGUCAAUAGCCUCAUGAACUCAUAAUUCGAGUUCUUUUAUCGGAUCAGAGAUAUGUUACUUCGAGUUUCUCUGGUUCACAGAACUUAAAUCUGCACAUCAUUUGUUUCAAAGCUGCAUCAAUUGAUCAGUAACUAUUUAAAUCAACUUAUGACAAAAAAUGGUUCACUUAGAAUAAUUAAAGGCGAGAAGUUUAAAUGUGAGUUCUAUUCUACCCAAAAUCUUUGUCAAGAUGCAAGAGUGAAUAGAAGUCGUGUUUAUAGAAAAGAUGUAUCAUGAUAAUUUUGAAGUUUGCACAGUUUUUUUUUAUUAUUCUCGUUGAAUAAUUUAAGUUAAAUAACAAUGCUAGUUUAACAACUAUGUUAUUGUUUUUUUUUAGGAACAAUUAAACAAAUUGAUGACUAAUUUAAAACAAACUCAUCCACAUUUUGUUCGUUGUAUUAUUCCAAAUGAAAUUAAAACUGGAGGAAUUCUUGAUUCACAUUUGGUUCUUCAUCAACUUCAUUGUAAUGGUGUACUUGAAGGUAUUCGUAUUUGUCGUAAAGGUUUUCCAAAUCGUAUGAUUUAUUCGGAAUUUAAACAACGUUAUUCAAUAUUGGCACCCAAUGCUAUACCAAAAGGAUUUGUUGAUGCUAAAAAAGCUACUGAAAAUAUUCUUAAAGAUAUUCAAUUAUCUGAUGAAUUAUAUCGAUUAGGUAUAACAAAAGUAUUUUUUAAAGCUGGUGUCUUAGGUCAACUUGAAGAUAUGCGUGAUGUUGCAUUAUCAAAAAUUAUUGCAACAUUACAAGCACAAAUUCGUGGUUAUCUUAUGCGUAAAGAAUAUAGAAGAAUGCUAGAUCAACGUUUAGCAUUAGGAGUUUUACAACGUAAUCUUCGUAAAUAUUUAUCAUUACGUAAUUGGCCAUGGUGGAAAUUAUAUACAAAAGUUAAACCAUUAUUAUCUGUUGCAAGACAAGAAGAAGAAAUGAAAAAACUUGAGGAAGAAUUUAAAGCAUUAAAAGAAGCUUUAGAAAAAGAAGAAAAAUUACGUAAAGAAUCUGAAGAAAGUAAUGCUAGAUUAACUAAAGAAAAAAAUGAUAUGUAUUUACAAGUUGAAGCUGAACGAGCAAAUACAGCUAGUGCUGAAGAACGUCUUGCACGAUUAGUAACACAAAAGGCUGAUCUUGAACAACAAGUCAAAGAUAUGGAAGAACGUAUUAAUGAAGAAGAAGAAGUUUCAGCUGAAUUAAAUAAUAAACGAAAGAAACUUGAACAUGAUAUUGACGGUUUAAAGAAAGAUAUUGAUGAUAUGCGUUUGAAUUUACAAAAAUCAGAAAACGAAUGUAAAACACGUGAUAAUCAAAUUCAUACAUUACAAGAUGAAAUGGCACAACAAGAUGAAACAAUUGCUAAAUUAACACGUGAACGUAAACGUCUUGAAGAACAAAAUGCUAAAACAAGUGAACAAUUACAAGCUGAAGAAGAUAAAGUUAAUCAUUUAAAUAAACUUAAAUCAAAACUUGAACAAACAUUAGAUGAAUUAGAAGAUAGUUUAGAACGUGAAAAGAAAGGUCGUGCUGAUUUAGAUAAAGCAAAACGUAAAUUAGAAACAGAUCUUAAAGGAUUACAAGGUACACUUGAAGAUGUAGAAAAAUCCAAACGUGACUUAGAAGAAAAUCUUAAACGUAAAGAACAAGAAAUUCAACAAAUGGGCAGUCGUCUUGAAGAUGAACAAGGACAAGCUUCAAGUCUUGGAAAGAAAAUUAAAGAAUUACAAGCACGUGUUGAAGAAUUAGAAGAAGAACUUGAAAAUGAACGACAAUCUAGAACGAAAACAGAAAAACAACGAGCUGAUAUAGCACGAGAACUUGAUGAAGUACAUGAUCGAUUAGAAGAAGCUGGUGGUGCUACAACAGCACAAGUUGAAAUGAAUAAGAAACGUGAAAGUGAAUUAGCUAAACUUCGUCGUGAUUUAGAAGAAGCUAAUCUUCAACAUGAAGCAACAGCUGCACAAUUAAGAAAGAAACAUCAAGAUGCUGUUAAUGGUAAAUAU